AUGGCUACCCAAAGCAACUUCGUGAAAACAUCCAUCAUUAUGAUAUCCGACACACACGGCAUGACACUCGAAGGACGAGUUCCCGAGCAGGCUGCAGACGUGUGCAUUCAUGCGGGUGAUUUGACCGAAGAGUCAAGAUUGGAAGAGUUUUAUUCCGUGAUCACGCUGCUUCGGACGAUAAAGGCACCAUUGAAGCUUGUCAUUGCCGGAAACCAUGAUUUUACACUUGAUACACCACUGUUCCGGAACAAGAUUGAAGCGGUCCAGCCACCGCUCGAGCCCGAGUUGGUGCACAAGUUUUACGGAGAAUAUGAGGAAGCCAAACAGCUCCUCGUCAACGCCAAGGAACAUGGGAUCUACCUGUUGAACGAGGGAACGCAUGACUUUGAACUACAAAAUGGCGCUAGACUACGAGUCUACGCUAGCCCAUACACCCCAUCUUUUGGUGAUUGGGGGUUUCAAUAUCACCCGGAUCAGGGCCAUGACUUUGCCAUUCAAGAUGGGACGAAUAUUGUCAUUACUCACGGGCCUCCGCGAGGCAUCUUGGACCGCACCAACUCUCAACAACGGGCCGGAUGCCCAGACCUUUUUGCAGCAGUCGCAAAAGCAAAGCCACAAAUGCAUUGCUUUGGCCAUAUUCACGAAGGCUGGGGUGCUAAAAGGGUUGCUUGGAGAAGUAAAAUGAGCGAAAGGCCGUCUUUCCUCACAGACAUUGAUAAUUCAGCCUCGCAUCUCAUUGAACAGUUGAGCACACUUUACGAGAACAAACUCGACGGACCUGAAGAAGUGCUUCAAAAGAAACAAAAAUUGGAAAGCUAUAUAUCGCAGAAGCACUGCAGCGCAGAGUUCACUGAGAGCGAUCUCGGCAAGACCUUGUUUGUCAAUGCAGCCAUCAAAGGUGGUUUUUUGGAUGAACAUCUUCAGCUGCCCUGGGUCGUGGAUAUUACGUUGCCGCGGGCAUCAAGUGCAACAAAGGCAACAACAGAAACAAAAGUAACGGCAGAAGCAACAGCAGCAACAGCAGCAACAGCAGCAACAGCAGCAACAGCAGCAACGACAGAAACUGAAGAUGGGUCACAGAAUGGGCAAAAUCAGUUGACAGAGUCUACGAGGAAGCGUGCCUUGGAAAAAGAUGGAGAAGAUGCGCAUAGCCUUUCUGUAGUGCAAAGGCGAAAGAUUAGUACAAUUGAAUGA